AUGUCCCCAACCGCUAACUUUUCCGAGCAAGGCCCAAGAGCUAACUACGAGUACUAUCAGCUUAACGAUGGUAACAAGAUCCCAGCCAUUGGUUUGGGUACCUACAAAGUCACUGAUGCUGACGAAGCCAGGGCUUCAGUAAAGACUGCUUUGCAAAAUGGUUACAGACACAUCGACACUGCUUCUAGGUAUAAGAACGAGGAGCAAGUCGGUGAGGGUAUCAGAGAGUCUGGUGUUCCAAGAGAGGAGGUGUUCGUCACCACCAAGUUGUGGAACGCCGACCACCACGACCCAGAGGGUGCUUUGAACGAGUCCUUGAAGAAGUUGGGUUUGGACUACGUCGACUUGUACUUGAUCCACUACCCAGUCAACCUUGAGGAGAAGAUCCUCGCCCAGCCACACCACUACGACUUUAUUGAAACUUACAAGAACAUGCAAAAGCUUGUCCACAACGGUAAGGCCAAGUCUAUUGGUGUUUCCAACUUCACCAAGGAGCGUGUCGAGCAGUUGUUGGCUGAUGAGGAAGUCACCAUCAAGCCAGUCGUCAACCAGAUCGAGGCCCACCCCUUGUUGACACAGCCAGACUUGAAGGAGUACUUGGACCUGGAGAACAUCUUGGUCGAGGCCUUCUCUCCAUUGGGCUCUGCCACCUCUCCUUUGUUUGAGAACCCAGUGGUCAAGUCCAUUGCCCAGAACAACAAUGCGUCCGCAGGCCAGGUGCUUGUUUCCUGGGCUCUUCAGAGAAACACCGUGGUGUUGCCAAAGUCCGUCAAGGAAGAGAGAAUCAUCUCCAACAUGAAGACGUUUACUCUUGGCGAAGCUGACUUUGAAGCCUUGAACAACUUGAGUGUCAAGUUUGGCGAACAGAGAACAUGCAACUUCCCAUGGGGUGUUUUCAACUAA